GCGGGGUAAUGUAGUGCAGCGGAAACAGAGCAGGCCCGACCAAAGAGCUCUCUUUCCUACAGGCCAAUCCAAGCUGUUCUCAGUGAGCAUCGUUAAUCACCGCGGACACGGCGCCCUGAUUAAGUUAGCUGCACGUGCAUGAAUAGGCGCGGAUUGCGCCUUGUUUGUUUGUAAUACAUAAAUAAACAGAGCGAAACAACACCUUCCUCUCUAAGCACCUCUAAUAACGCGCUUCCGUUCCAACAGCCGAGAGAGCCGCUCCGUGUUUUACGAGCCUCUCCCCGCCGCAGUGGGAGGAAGUCGAACUACAAAGCAGACAGAGCCACUGUGCUAGCAAAAAACACCAAAAAAAAAAUAUAGAGGAGGCUUUAAGCCACACAUGUGCCGUACUAGAGGCGACGAACACCUUAAUUGAAACAAGCGGACUUGACCGACUGGCACUCAGUCAGAGGCUGCGGAAGGAGACUCUUUCAGAGGCUUGGAGCGUUUAAGCAGCCGAGUGGCUCUGCGAACGCCGAGAACCUGGUAGGCAGGAGGCGCGCGGGGCUGCCGCGGAGCAAGAAGACCUGAUCUGAACGUUCAGUUUCACAUCUCUGAGGCGCGCGCCAGCGUACUGUUAACCUCAUCACUAUAAAUAUUGUUUCUGUUGUUUUUUUCUUAACAUUGCACGGACUAAAGAAUUUGACAGUUUGCCUCGCCGCGCAGUCGGUCAGCCAGCGUUUACAGCGAGGAAGAAAAGUUAGCGUUUACCAAGCAGACUACUGGCCAGCGCUCCCUCCCCCUCCUCCAUCAUCAGCGUCACCCUCACCCCCACACUCAGUAACUCUGUGCUGGGUCUUUAGGCAGGGAGGGUCCCCCUAACGUUCGGGGUAACCGAAGAAGCAGCUAUGGGUUAUUGUUUUGCAUCUCUAUCCUCGUUCUGACUUCACCGGACUGUCGAAGACUGUUUAGCGGAAACGCUGCAAGACUUCCCCAAUACGAGUCUCCAGUGUCCUCGCCUCGGCCGUUAGCUUAACGUUGCUGAGAAAAUCGCUGCUGUUUGUCUGCCUGCAAGUGACUGUCUUUGCAACGGGAUUGAUUUUAUAUGUCUGCUGAAGCGGAAUAGCCUAAAAUAGGAGUGUCUGACUGGCCGCUCUGAAUCCUGGUGGUUAGUUAGCCUCGUGGCUAGCAGGUUUCAUUUUGCUAGCUAGCGUGGUAGCUAACUAGCGAACGAACCCAAAUAUCUAUAGUGGCAGCGGCUAGAAACCAGUUAGCUAUGUACCGCUGGAUUUGGUUUGUGAUCGCUUGAUUCAAUUCCUUUACACCUGGACAGAUUUGGGCGACAAACCUCUGUCAGCAGUUUAACCGCAUCUUUUCCGGUGACUUUUUUUGUGCGUGAUUGACGAGACGAUAAGGAAGGUUUGAGCCUUAACGCUGCACAGGAAAGCAGCAGCAGCAGGGGCACAAACAGCAGCGCUGUGUGGAUACUCUGGAAUGCAAAUCAUGAAUCCUGGCUUAUCUCUAACCUCGGCUUGCACGCUUUUAUUUAUGCCAGGUCGCGCCUGACAGAUUAGCGUUUUGCUGCAGGAGCACAAGACUACAAACGGGCACCUUGAUGAUCCACAUCUAACCCGUUCAGCAGUGUCUCACCAGCCCCUCUGCACUGAUCGUUAAGCCUGUCUUCUCACGGCGUGGCUGAUUUUGUGUUGCAGAGAGGAGCAGGCAGUCCGCUAAGAUUAGAACAUUUUUUCGACAGUAGUGUUUACAUUUUAAGGAACACCCCCCUGCCCCCUCCUUCCCUCAUUCCCUUCUUCCUGAAGCACAUGCCGCACUGGAGACAGACCAGUCGUUUGGACACAGGAGGACCAGGCAAGUCCCCGGAGACCUGUAGAGCCUGACAGAGCCCGUGUGUGGUGCAUCGCACCUACCUGUGUGAGAAACAUCACAGGUCUUUACUCUCGCCCCUUGCGCUACAUGGAAUCGCAAGGACGGUGGAUCUAGCGGGCCUGCUUACUGCAGAUAUUUCGACUAACCCCUACCCUAUGUCUUCCCUCGUAAGUUUCCUCUUUUACGUGACAACGAUGGUAGUUUGAACAGACUUGGAGCUGCAGACAACGCCGCCGUUUCCCAGCAGACGGUCAGCGCCGUCGUCCAUUCAUCCGGCCCCCACAGCGCGCCUUGGCCCUUGAUGUGGGUCACAUCUGGCCGAGGACGUUGUUUUUAAGCCCCUAAAUCAGAAGCCACCCUUCCCGGCCCGGUUAUUUAAUCGAUUUGGUCGUCCCAGGGUCGAAAGAUGGCGGACCUUGAAGCGGUGCUCGCCGAUGUCAGUUACUUGAUGGCGAUGGAGAAGAGCAAAUCUACUCCAGCGGCCCGGGCGAGCAAGAAAAUCAUUUUGCCUGAGCCUAGCAUUCGCAGUGUGAUGCAGAAGUACCUGGAGGAGAGAGAUGAACUGACAUUUGACAAAAUUUUCAAUCAGAAAAUUGGCUUCCUGCUCUUCAAGGACUUCUGUAUGAAUGAAAUAGAUGAGGCUGUGCCUCAGCUCAAGUUCUACGAAGAAAUUAAGGACUAUGAGAAGCUGGACUCUGAGGAGGAGCGGUUGAGCCGCAGCCGGCAGAUUUACGAUGUGUACAUCAUGAAGGAGCUCCUGUCCUGUUCACACCCAUUCUCUAAGAAAGCAGUGGACCAUGUGCAGAGUCACUUGGCGAAGAAACAGGUCCCCCCAAACCUUUUUCAGCCAUACAUCGUGGAGAUCUGUGACAGCUUGAGAGGAAACAUCUUCCAGAAGUUCAUUGAAAGUGAUAAAUUCACUCGUUUUUGCCAGUGGAAGAAUGUGGAGCUCAACAUCCAUCUGACCAUGAAUGACUUCAGCGUGCAUCGGAUCAUCGGCAGGGGCGGCUUUGGAGAGGUGUACGGCUGCAGGAAGGCAGACACGGGAAAAAUGUAUGCCAUGAAGUGUUUGGACAAGAAAAGGAUCAAAAUGAAGCAGGGGGAGACUCUCGCACUCAACGAGAGAAUCAUGCUGUCAUUAGUGAGCACAGGGGACUGCCCGUUCAUUGUGUGUAUGACGUAUGCCUUCCACACGCCUGACAAGCUGUGCUUUAUCCUGGACCUCAUGAACGGGGGUGAUCUGCACUACCACCUGUCUCAGCACGGCGUGUUCAGUGAGAAAGAGAUGCGUUUUUAUGCAGCUGAAAUCAUCCUGGGUCUGGAGCACAUGCACAACCGCUUUGUCGUCUACAGAGACCUCAAGCCAGCUAAUAUCCUGUUGGAUGAACACGGUCAUGUUCGUAUCUCUGACCUCGGCUUGGCCUGCGACUUUUCCAAGAAGAAGCCCCACGCCAGCGUUGGCACUCAUGGCUACAUGGCUCCAGAGGUUCUUCAGAAGGGGACGGCAUACGACAGCAGUGCCGACUGGUUCUCCUUAGGCUGCAUGCUCUUCAAACUCCUCCGAGGGCACAGUCCCUUCAGACAGCACAAGACCAAAGACAAACAUGAGAUCGACCGCAUGACGCUCACCAUGAAUGUGGAGCUGCCAGACUCUUUCACUGCAGAGCUCAAAGAUCUUCUGGAGGGGCUGCUGCAGAGAGAUGUAUCCAAGAGGCUCGGCUGCCAGGGCCGUGGAGCCUCUGAGGUGAAGGAGCAUCAGUUUUUCAAAGGCAUUGACUGGCAGCAAGUUUACCUCCAGAAGUACUCUCCUCCUUUAAUCCCUCCAAGGGGAGAGGUGAAUGCUGCAGAUGCUUUUGACAUUGGAUCUUUUGAUGAAGAGGACACCAAGGGCAUCAAGCUGCUGGACAGUGACCAGGAGCUCUACAAGAACUUUCCUCUGGUCAUCUCAGAGCGCUGGCAGCAGGAGGUGGCAGAGACGGUCUACGAAGCUGUCAACUUGGACACCGAUAAGAAUGAGGCCCGCAAGAGGGCUAAGAACAAGCAGCUGGGCCACGAGGAGGACUAUGCCUUGGGGAAAGACUGCAUUAUGCAUGGCUACAUGCUGAAGCUCGGGAACCCGUUCCUCACUCAGUGGCAGCGCCGAUACUUCUAUCUGUUCCCCAACCGUGUGGAGUGGAGGGGAGAGGGCGACACUCGGGAGAGGUGGCUAAAACCUCUGAAAAAGCAGAGAGACUGGCAAAACCUGCUGACGAUGGAGCAGAUCGUAACCGUGGAAGAAACGCAGAUUAAAGACAAGAAGUGUAUCCUGCUGCGCAUCAAAGGAGGGAAGCAGUUUGUGCUGCAGUGUGAAAGUGACCCAGAGUUUGUGCAGUGGAAGAAAGAGCUGACUGAGGCGUUCACGGAGGCCCAGAAACUUCUGCGUCGCGCUCCUAAGGUCAUCGGGAAAGGCCGUGCUGGAGUAGUGGAGCUUUCCAAGCCCCCCCUCACACACCGCAAUAGCAAUGGCCUGUGAAUACACAAGAGCACGCAUAUACAUAAAAACACAUGCACUCACAUUGACAGACACACACACACACACACACACACACACUGCAUCCCACCUCCCACCCCCUCAUCAGCUGCAAGACACCUGCCCACAUCACCUCAGUGUGUGUGUGUGUGUGUGUGGUGCUGAUGGCGCACACACAAUGACGACCAAUCAAGAGUGAUAUAGUGAUUUUUUUUUUUUUUUUUUUUUUGGGGGGGGGGGGUAAAUGUGUGUGCGUUCUGGGACCCUGCCAGUCAGUAAGAGGAAGAAAGGAUUUUGAACCAUUGGACAUUUGAAGAAUCCCCGCAUGAACUUCACAAGGACUAACGGCUGCUCCUCUCUCUGUUUGCCCCUCCUCAACCACCUCCCACACCACACACCUCGCUGUUGAAAUCACAUUAAUCAGGAAGUGUCCUCCCACUCUGUGUGCUCUCAGCAGCCUGAUGGACUCCUCCACAGAGCUGAUGCUCAGGUCCAGAAGAGACCAGGCUACCACAGAAUGUAGAAAACAAAGGCUGGUUGUCCUCAUCCAUCCCUCUGAAACAUUCCUCCCACUGUUACUGAAGUGCAAAAAGUGCCAACAUUAAUAUUUUACUUGAGUCACCUGAGCGCCCAGGAGGAUCCGCUCUGCUGGCAGAUGGCGCGCCAUCCCAACCUCCCGGACCCUCACAGUGUAUGUGUGGAAGGCUGUUGAUCAUUCCAGCGCAGGUACAGGAAGCUUCACAUUGGCUCUAGUCACCACAGAGACUGAGAUUCCAUUGGCUGACAAACAGCAGCUGGUUGCUAUGGUAGCCAUAAAGAUUGGUGUACAUGUACUGGUAACCAUGGACAACACUGUAACUAUAGAGGAGCAGGAGGGAGGCAAAGACUAUAAAGACAAUAUAAGCACCCUUUUGUCUGCGCACCGCUGUUUUACUUCAGUGUGUUAGCUUUAUCGCAACUCCUCUGUCUGCCUUUACAGGAUUUUGUUGGUGUGGGGUCUUUCAGAGGUGGCAAGAGAAGGGCUCUGAAAGAGCUACAGAGCUGCAUUACCUCAGUUGGACUGUGCCAGUAUGAGUACAUCAGAAUGUAAGAACCUGUUCCCAGGCAAAGCACAAGAAUCAGCAGUCUGUUCCCGCUCACACAUUGUCCAUGCAGGGCAACAGCUUGGAGCAGUCAGCUGUUGUGGGCAGACUGUGUGUAGGGAGGAGGAUGAAGACAAUAAGCUGAAGCUGAUUAAAGGAAAAAUCCACCCUCAAAUACCCCAGUUAGAUGCAUAGAUCUUCUAUAUGAGCUUUCAUGUUCAUGCUAUUUCAGGCUCUUUCUUUUUCUUUUUUUGGUUUUUAAGUGGUUGAAAUGUUCACAUUUUAUCCAGUUGGUGUUAGCCUACAUUUCUCCAGAGAGCAGAUAAAUGCAGGUUCAGAAUAAACGAGAACAGAAUGAUCUGUGACUUAUUUUCUUUAGAUGUGCAGUAAAGUACUGAGCCUGCUCUGAGCCUGAGCAGGCUCCUGUCAGAUUUACCACCAGGCCUCAUGUUGAGGUUACACCCAGGGAAUGCAAACGCAUUUGUCUUUGAGAAACUCCACACGAUGAUGAGUCUACAGGCUCAGUCUGGACUGCACUGAACACUUAGCCGAAGUGCGGCGGCCCUCAGUUUUCUCACAUUCAGUCUCAGCUACAGGUGGGCCCGAUGUCAAGUUUGUCAUGGCCUUUGGUCAAAACUCUGCUCAUGGCCAGCCUGGCUCGUGGCAUUUUGCUCACAGCUGGGCCGCACAGCCACCGCCGGUGCUGUGACUGAGCCCUUAGUCCUAGAAGCAGCCCGGAUUUGGGCCAAAUGUGUCUGCUGUCAGAGAGCUGCUGCACUACAUCAGAUCCAUCACGUCAGAGGAUGAGCACAACAAGUGAGCCAAUUCACUGCUCUUUAAAUAUAUGCUCAGUCUGUAGCCAGUACAGUGUUCUGAUCCCCCUCACUGCCAUCUGUCUACGUUCCUCAAGUAGGACCAUAGCUGAGCUUAAAGAAAGCUAUGUCCACGAGCAUUGUCUGCGGACCUACUGCAGUGUUUCAGGGUGGACUUUUCGUCUGUCUUCUCACUGUGUUAUGAGUUUUUUCCUGAAUGUGACACAGUUCAGAUGAGGUGUAUGGGUUUGUCUAAAUUAUUGGACUUUUUACAGUUUGGUGGGGAACCUCACCAGGGUUCAAGGCGAAGGCAGUGGCAGUCCAGAGUAGUGUGCAGCAGAGGAGAGAAAGCGGUUUACUUCAGGGGUUUUCUUUUCCAUCCAGUACAGUGUCUUCAUCUGUGAUGUCCAUGCAUUUCCAGAGCUGUGAUGUGUGACUUGAGUUGGAAAAAGGGUUUGUUUAGGGUGCUCUGUGAUUCUUUUUCUUUGGAGCCUUUACCAGUCAGGGGCAGAUGUUAUCGUCUUAGAGAGAAAAUGUGUCACCUCUCCAGGUGUCUUUUAUUUUUGUAAACCAAAAUGGUUUUUAUUGAAAUUUCUGUUGUUGCACCUUUUUAUCCCGAUGUGUUACUUAAUAGAUGUUAAAUGUGCCAAAUAACUGUUGCUGAUCGAGUGGAAGCCUCCUUUUCUCAACUUUUCACACCUCUCACUACCAGGUCUGGUACAGUCACACGCGCACACACACACACUCACACUCUCACAAACACAACAUUGAUGUGGGAGUUUUGGUGGAAUCUCUGAAGGGUACAAAACUGUGACCAAACAUUUUUCCGUAGGUGUGUGUGCGCGGACUGGCUUGCACACCACGAUGCCAUUGAGACUCACACCAUCUAGCUCUGCAUACUCGUUCCUGAACGUUUUCCUCACACUGUGUGUACGUCAUGUGAGUGAGUGUGUGUGUGUGUGUGUGUGUGUGUGUGUGUGUGUGUGUGUGA